AUGGCCACUGAGACUAGUAGAAUUUCAAGACCAGUUGGAACAAGAACAAGUUCAUCAUCACAAGCACCAGAUGUCGAAGAGAUCGUACCAAAUUAUGGAUGGACAGACGACAAUUCAGGCCAUUUUCUUCUCGUAGAUCUUCGUGGAUUCAAGAAGGAGGAUGUGAUCCUUCAAGUGGAUGGCUCCAGUGGCCACAUUAUUGUGAAAGGCGAAAGGUAUACAAAUGAACAGAAACGUGUUCACUUUGAGCUGAAAUUUGCAGUGUCAGCAGAUGCAGAUAUGGAAAACAUAUCUGGAAACUUUGAUAAUGAAAUCCUUUACGUGCACGUUCCCAAGAAAGCUUCACAAGGCCACAGAGAAAGUGGCACAGAGAAAGGUUCACAUGACAAUUUCGAAAGGCCACCAGAAACUGAAUCUGAAAAUGAUGAUCACCAUGGUGUUGCCCAUAGACAUCACACUCCAAACAGUGAUGAUGAAGAAAAAAGAAGAAAGGAUGUUGCAGAACACAUAGAUGAUUAUCCUCAAAACUUAACAAGGAAGUGGGAACAAAAAUACAUGUCAAGAACUCUUGUGGAGGUUUUGAUGAGAAACAAGGGAGUUGUUAUAACUGCUGUUGUGGCAUUUUGCUUUGGAUUGUAUGUUUCUGAGAAGUUCCAUUCAUGGAAUGCACCAUAA